AUGUUUCAUAUAUAUUAUUUUAUUAUUUUUGUUUUUAUGAUUUCAAGCCGUUUUUGGUUGGUUUCGUCCUUUUUUACCAGACUAAAUCUUACACCAUUUUACAAACAACUUACCUUCAUUCCAACAAAAAAAACUAAUUUUGAUACUUUGAAAAGUAGUUUUUCUGCUUUAAAAUCCAUGCCGAAUUCUGAAAACCCCGAAGAAUUAACUGUAUUUCACAAGAUUGUUAAGGGCGAAUUGCCUUGUAAAAAGGUUUACGAGGAUGACCUGGUUCUGGCUUUUUAUGACAUUCAGCCCGCGUCUCCAAGCCACAUAUUAAUAAUUCCCAAGGAAAUGGACGGUCUAGCCAGUUUAAGUGAUGCUACCGAGCGUCAUGAAAAGGUUUUAGGCCAUAUGUUGGUAAAGGCUGCACAUAUAGCUAAGGAGAAUAAUCUGGGUGACUUUAGAGUUGUAAUUAACAGUGGCCCAGGGGCUCUUCAAACCGUUUUUUACCUACAUAUGCAUCUUAUGUCUGGUAGAAGGUUCAAUUGGCCACCUGGAUAAUUUCUAAAUUCACAUUUUCAGGGACUCGAUUCUCAUUUCUGAACUCCAAAUACUCUUUAACAUUACAUAAAUUUAGCUACUUUAUUUA